AUGGCAGAUGCUCGUACCAUAAAAGCGUCUGACAUUGCCACAGUGAAGAAGCUGGGUAAACCGCCACAUCUGAUCAUGCGCAUCAUGGACGCUGUUCUCAUUCUGUUCCAAAAGAAGAUAGACACAGUCACUGCUGAUCCAGAGAAGCCUUGCCCUAAACCAUCAUGGAGUGAAUCUCUCAAGCUGAUGAGUGGCUCAGGUUUCCUGCAGAGCUUGAUCGCCUUUCCUAAGGACACGAUCAAUGGAGAGACAGUGGAGCUGCUGGAGCCAUAUCUCCGUAUGGAGGACUAUAACAUGGAGACCGCCAAGAAAGUCUGCAGCAAUGUUGCUGGACUGCUGUCCUGGUCUACUGCUAUGGCCUUCUUCUAUGGCAUCAACAAGGAAGUGCUGCCACUUAAGGCUAAUUUAGCUGUUCAAGAGGCAAGAUUAGGUGUAGCAUCUGCUGAAUUGAACAAAGCUCAAGGGCAGUUGGAUGAAAAACAGAAAGAACUGGAUGCAGUACAAGCAUUGUAUGAUGCUGCAAUGAAAGAAAAGCAGGAACUAAUGGAUGAUGCCCAGUCUUGUAAGCGCAGGAUGGUGGCUGCGUCUGCACUCAUUGGUGGUUUGGCUGGAGAGAAAACUCGCUGGACUGAACAGAGCAAGCAGUUCAAGUCACAAAUUGACAGGCUGGUAGGGGACGUGCUGCUGUGCACAGGUUUCCUGUCAUACUCUGGGCCAUUUAACCAGGAGUUCCGCAACAAGCUCAUCUCCAACUGGCAGAAGGAAAUGUUCAACAGGCGCAUCCCAUUCACCACAGAUCUCAACCUGAUCAAUAUGCUGGUGGACAACGCCACUGUUGGUGAAUGGAACAUUCAGGGUCUGCCAAAUGAUGACCUGUCUGUACAGAAUGGUAUUAUCACUACCAAGGCCACCAGAUACCCUCUGCUGAUAGACCCACAGGGCCAGGGAAAGAACUGGAUCAGGAAUAGGGAAAAGGAACGUGAAUUACAGUUGACAUCUCUAAACCACAAGUAUUUCCGCUCCCACCUUGAGGAUUCCUUGUCACUGGGUCGCCCAUUGUUGAUUGAGGAUGUAAUGGAGGAACUAGAUCCAGCCUUGGAUAACGUGCUCGAGAAAAACUUCAUUAAGUCCGGAUCUACAUUCAAGGUGAAAGUUGGUGACAAGGAAUGUGACAUAAUGAAGGGUUUCUAUUUAUACAUCACCACCAAGUUGGCCAACCCAGCAUACACACCAGAGGUGAGUGCCAGAACAUCCAUUAUAGACUUUACAGUCACCAUGAAGGGCCUGGAAGACCAACUGCUUGGCAGAGUUAUACUCACAGAGAAACAGGAAUUAGAGGCUGAAAGAGUGAAGCUGAUGGAGGAUGUCACAGCUAACAAGCGCAAGAUGAAACAACUGGAGGACAAUCUGCUGUACAAACUCACCAGUACAAAGGGUUCCCUAGUGGAUGAUGAGUCCCUGAUCACUGUACUGGCAGUAACCAAGGUGACUGCUGCAGAGGUCAGUGAAAAACUCACUGUAGCAGCAGAGACUGAAAUCAAAAUCAAUGAGGCCAGAGAAGAAUUUAGGCCAGUUGCUACAAGAGGAAGUAUCCUAUAUUUCUUGAUGUGUGACAUGACUAUAGUCAACAGAAUGUACCAGACAUCAUUGGUACAGUUCCUGGGAAUAUUUGAUCUGUCCAUGGCAAGAUCUGACAAGAACCCUGUUCCUACAAAAAGGAUACAAAACAUCAUUGACUACCUCACCUACGAGUCCUUCCGCUACACUUGUCGAGGACUGUAUGAGUCACACAAGUUCCUGUUUGUACUUCUGAUGACAUUAAAGAUUGACCUCCAACAGGGCAAAGUCAAACAUGAUGAAUUUCAGACUUUCAUCAAAGGUGGUGCUGCCCUGGACCUGAAUGCGGUCACCCCCAAGCCUGCCAAGUGGAUCUCAGACAUGACCUGGCUCAACCUGGUGCAGCUCAGCUCCCUGGCCCAGUUUGCAGAGAUCCUCAACCAGGUGACACGCAAUGACAAGGGCUGGAGGGCCUGGUUUGACACGGACGCUCCAGAAGAAGAGAUCAUGCCUGACGGAUAUACAACUGCCCUGGACUCCUUCAAGAAACUCUUGCUUAUACGGAGCUGGUGUCCAGACAGGACAGUUCCACAGGCGCGCAAGUACAUCAGUGACAGCAUGGGGCCCAGGUACGCCGAGGCCGUGCUACUCAACCUUGAGGACACGUGGGCUGAGAGCAUUACACGCACACCACUCAUCUGCUUCCUGUCCAUGGGAUCGGACCCCACCAACCAGAUUGAGGGACUCGGCAAGAAGAAACAACUCGAGUUCAGAGCUAUAUCGAUGGGCCAGGGACAAGAAGUGCAUGCCAGGAAGCUCAUAACUGCUUUCAUGCAAAGUGGAGGCUGGGCACUUCUACAGAACUGUCACCUGGGUCUGAACUUCAUGGAUGAGUUACUGGACCUGCUGAUGGAGACCCCCCAGAUACAUGACGACUUCCGUGUGUGGAUAACCACUGAGCCACACAACCACUUCCCCAUCAGUCUACUACAGUCCUCUCUGAAGUUCACCAAUGAGCCUCCACAAGGUAUCAAGGCGGGUCUGAAGAGAACAUACGCUGGUAUCAGUCAAGACUUCCUCGAUGUGAACGCUAUGCCCAUGUGGAAGCCUCUCUUGUAUGGUGUCUCUUUCCUGCACACUGUUGUACAGGAGCGUAGAAAGUUUGGGCCAUUAGGUUGGAACAUCCCCUACGAGUUCAACUCCUCUGACUGGCAGGCCAGUGUGCAGUUCUGUCAGAACCAUAUGGACGAUAUGGACAUCAAAAAGGGUGUGUCCUGGGUGACUGUGCGCUACAUGCUGGGAGAGGUGCAGUAUGGAGGCAGGGUCACUGAUGACUAUGACAAGAGACUGCUCAAUACAUUUGGAAGGGUGUGGUUUGGGGACUUCAUGUUUGAAGACAAGUUCCAGUUCUAUGAAGGCUACAAGAUUCCAAAGAUCAAGACCUAUGAUCAGGUGAUGCAGCAUAUCGAGCAGUUGCCUUUGGUGGACUCCCCUGAAGCAUUUGGACUACACCCCAACGCUGAUAUCACGUUCCAGACAAACAUGGCCUCAAGUAUCCUGGACACAGUUAUGAGCAUCCAACCCAAGGAGGGUGGGGGAGGGGCAGGAGAGACACGCGAGACUGUUGUCUUCAGAAUGGCAGAGGAUAUGCUGGAGAAACUACCCGCAAACUACGUACCACAUGAGGUGAAGGACCGACUGAAGAAGAUGGGCCAGCUUCAUCCACUGAACAUCUUCCUCAAGCAGGAGAUUGACCGCAUGCAGAGGGUGAUCACGAUUGUCCGAGUCACCCUCAGUGACCUCAAACUGGCCAUUGAAGGCACCAUCAUCAUGUCUGAGGACCUGCGUGACGCACUGGACAACAUGUUUGAUGCCAAGGUGCCCAGCCUGUGGAGGAAGGUGUCCUGGCAGUCUUCCACGCUGGGCUUCUGGUACACGGAGCUGCUAGAGAGGAAUGAGCAGUUCAGUCGAUGGGUGUUUGAAGGCAGGCCUUUUGUCUUCUGGAUGACAGGGCUGUUUAAUCCACAAGGUUUCCUGACUGCCAUGAGACAGGAGGUGACUCGCGCACACAAGGGCUGGGCGCUGGACUCAGUCACACUGCACAAUGAUGUACUGAAGCACAGCAAGGAGGACAUUAUGGGUGCCCCUUCAGAGGGAGUCUUCAUCUACGGCCUAUACCUGGACGGAGCCUCCUGGGACAGGCGCAACUGUCGCCUCACAGAGUCCAAUCCCAAGGUGCUGUUCACUCUGCUACCCGUGGUUCACAUGUACGCAGUCAACUCUACGGCCCCCAAGGACCCCCGCCUGUACCUGUGUCCUGUCUACAAGAAACCCCACAGGACUGAUCUCACCUACAUCACCUUCAUUGUGCUGAAGACCACACAAAAUCCUGACCACUGGAUACUCAGGGGAGUGGCUGCACUCUGUGACAUUAAAUAAGCUCCUUGUUUAUUUAUGUGUACAUGUUAUCAAAAACAUUCUAAUUAUUUCAUUGACAUUAUUUAUUGGUAAAUGUUGAUUUUAAAUAUCUCAUUUGUAAAUUUACCUGUUCUUUACUGUUGAAGAAAUAAAAUGUCAAGUUCA